AUGGAAGCAGGAUUCAGCCAGGAUGAUAUCACAAAUAUGAACAACUGUUCUGUCAAACAAAUUUAUCACAGGCUGCGAGGUACGUUUGAGAAAGUAAGUUGGAGGAAAGUAGUUUGUCACAAUGGAGGAUGUCCCAGAUGGAACUUUGUACUAACUAUGACAGCACAUGGAAGAUUAUACACAAAGGAUAGAUUGCAAAGAUGGGGAGUAUCAGUUGAUCAAGACUAUAUCCUAUGCAACAGUGAUAAGGAAACCAUACAACAUUUGUUCUUUGAAUGUCCAUAUGCAAAAGUACUGUGGAGCAAACUUUUAGAAUGGCAAGGCAUUGGCAGGCCAGUACAAGGAUGGGAUGAAGAGCUAAAGUGGGCAGAGAAAUGGGCCAAAAGAAGAAAUGCAACAGCUGAAUUAUACAAAAUGGUGUUGGCAGCUACAAUUUACUAUGUGUGGCAGGAAAAAAAUGGUCGAAUCUUUAAAAAUAAGACAAGAGGAUGGGAGACAGUUUGCAAGCUGAUAACCCAAGAGUACACUGUCGUAGCAAUAAGAGAGUAG